AUGACAAAAUAUCUUGAGGACUUCAUGAUAAGAUGGAAAAAACCGAAGAAGAUGACUGCAGGCCUCAAUCUCUUUGGAUUAUGGGCAUAUGAUACGGUUUUGGCACUGGCAAUGGCAGUGGAGAAGGUUGCAAUAGAAAAUUCUAGCUCUAUGAAACAAAAUGUUAGCACGAAUCUUGCAACCUUGGGAACCAGUGCCAUGGGUAAAACUCUUGUUGAAACAGUCCUACGUUUAAAAUUUCGAAGCUUAAGUGGGAAUUUUCAGCUAGUCAAGGGACAGUUAGAAGCUUCAGCCUUUGAGAUAUUCAAUGUGAUUGGCAAUAAAGAAAGGAUUAUUGGAUAUUGGAUUGACCAACAAAAAGGGCUGUCAAGGCAGCUCAAGUUUGACAGCAGGGAAGCGGCAAACACAGAUGUAAAGAGGAAACUCAAGCAGGCAAUCUGGCCAGGGGACACUACAGAUCAGCCUGCAACAAAGAAACUGAGGAUUGGAGUUCCAGUGAAAGAGGGUUUUAAUGAAUUCCUAAAAGUGGAAAAGAACAAUAACAUAUCAGGAUUCUCUGCUCUAGUGUUCUUUGCUGCAGUGAAUAAACUACCAUUUCCCCUUCCCCAUGACUUCCUUCCAUUCAAUGGGACAUAUGAUAAUCUUCUUUGGCAAAUCAAAGCAGGGACAUAUGAUGCUGUGGUGGGAGACACAACAAUUGUAGCUAAUCGCUCAUCGUAUGUAGAUUUUACGUUGCCUUAUUCAGAAUCUGGAGUGUCGAUGGUAGUUUUGACGGAAGAUAAUGAAAGAGACAAUAUUUGGAUUUUCUUGAAGCCCCUAAGCUUGGAUCUUUGGUUGACAACGGGGGCAGCCUUCAUAUUUACAGGUUGUGUGAUAUGGGUUCUUGAACACCGAGUAAACACUGAGUUUAGAGGUCCUCCAGAGCAACAACUUGGCAUGAUAUUCUGGUUCUCCUUUUCAACUCUUGUCUUUGCUCAAAGGGAGAAAGUAGUGAACAACUGGACACGUUUAGUGUUGAUUAUAUGGGUUUUUGUGGUAUUGAUCCUGACACAGAGUUACGCUGCAAGCUUAGCCUCAAUGUUAACAGUGCAGAAAUUGAAACCUUUAUUUACUGAUAUAGGAGAGAUCCAAAUGAAAGGUUAUUCUGUAGGAUAUCAAAAUAAUUCAUUUAUUAAAGGGUUUCUAACAGAAAAUUUAGGGCUCAAGGAGUCCAUGUUGAAGGCUUACGACACUAUUGAGCAGUAUAAUGAUGCACUAUCCAAAGGAAGUAACAAUGGUGGAGUCGCUGCCAUAAUUGACGAAAUCCCUUACCUUAAGCUGUUCAUAGCAAAGAACUGUUCCAAGUACACCAUGGUUGGACCAACCUACAAAACUGACGGAUUCGGCUUUGCCUUCCCGAAAGGAUCACCUCUAGUCUCCUACAUGUCAACGGCAAUCUUAAAAGUCACUCAAGAUAAAAAAUUGAUGGAUUCAAUUGAGUCCCAGUACUUUACAAACCAAACCAUCUGUGAUGAUCAAGGUGCCAAAAUUUCUUCAGAUGGUCGAAGCCUUCAUGUGUACAGCUUUGGGGGACUCUUCAUCAUUGUAGGUGCGGUCUCCGUGUUUUCACUUCUGAUGUACAUGUACAGCUUCCUCUGCUCACAUUGGCCUACAUUGAGGGCGAUGAUAAGUUCUGAGAGCUCAUUUUGGUCUAAAUUGGUUGAAUUGGCAAAGCAUUUUGACAAGAAAGAUCUCACUUCACAUCCUUUUACGCGAAGAACAUCCAGAGUACAUGCUAUGGAUACUCCUGAUGAGACAGCUAUAGGAGGUUUACAGGAUGCAAAUGAUAUGCAGAACAGCUCAGCAGUGGAGAACAAUAUUGAUGUGAAUGAAAAUGAAUAA